AUGUCAAUAAUAUUAUUGAUACUUGUAUUAUUAAAAUCACCUUCACAUUCAACAAAAUGGACAAUAUUUCAAUUAUGUUUAGCAGUGUUAGGUAAUAGUAUAUUCUCAGUAUUAACAAUACUAAAAUACGGUGAUAAUAUAUUAGAAGCUUUAGACAAACCAAUUUGCAUUAUUCAGCAGAAGCUGUCGAACCUUUUCUUUUAUCCAUUAUAUUUAUUUCCAUGCGUUUUGGCAUUUUAUUUAUGGUCCGGGACCGUUAAUUCAAAUUCAGAGGUUGAAAAUAAUCAUUUCUGGACUUUUACAAUUUUAAUUUGGGGAUUUUCUUUCAUCUAUAGUUCAACGGUAUUGACAAUAUCAAGGUUUGAAGAUAAUUGGGGCGUGGUGGCGACAAAUUUAUCGUGUGAAGGAACUUAUAAUUUUAGAUCAAAACGGUAUUUGGAUUGGCUUUUUCAAGGAAUUACAUUAACGAUAGCAUCUAUUUCAUUAUUUUUCACAAUACGCUCCAUGACGAUAAUAUGGCAAAGAUGGAAAGUUCAUAAAAAGAAUCCAAAUCGAAAGACUGCAAAUGAAUUGGAUCACGCGAUUAGAAUGAUUGUUUAUGUCUCUACCAACACUGAAAUAAAAAGAAUCUCAAGGGACACGGUAGAUUCUGAGGCAAUAACAAUUGAAGUUUUGACGGAAAGUGAUGCCGAUAAUGAUCGAUUUUCUGCUACAUUUUCAGAAAAUCAAAAAAGAAUAAAACGUCAUAGUUUACAGGACUCCACAAAGGGAAAAAGGACUUCAAAGAGCCGUAGAAGACACAGUGAUUCUUCAUAUGAAAGAGAAAGAAGACACAAUGGCCACAGGAGACAUGAUGAUAGAAGACACCAUGACAGACUACAUUCAAGUAGAAGACACAAUACUGAUGAAGAGAAAAAAGGUUAUAUUGAUGGAACACAUGCUGCGAAUUUUUUGAAAAAAUCAAAUUUAUCUUCGGCUGCUUUGAGUAAAAUAUGGAAUUUAGCUGAUUAUGAGAAUCAAGGCGUUUUAACAACACAAACUUUUAUUAUUGUUGUUAAAUUAAUUGCUUUGGUUCAAAAUGGUCAAAAUCCUGAUAUGGCUCUGUUAAAAGCUAAGGUACCAUUACCACGUUUUGAGGAUAUUAACAUAGAAACAGCCUAUAUUAUUACUGAUGAUAAUCGUGAAAGUUACAAAAAAACAUUCUUAAUAUUGAAGCAUGAAGAUGACCUUGUGGAUGGUGACAAGGCAAGAGAAAUUUUUUUGCAAUCUAAAUUAUCAUCAGAAACACUCUUUCAAAUUUGGAAACUAGCAGACACAAAAAAUAGAGGAAGACUUGAUGUAAAUGAAUUUAUCAUUGCAAUGCAUCUAAUAAAACAGUAUAUGUCCAAAAAUAUCAAAGAAAUACCACAAACUCUUCCAAGUGGAUUUUAUGAAAUGGCUGCCGGCGUUAAUCUUGAUGUACUUGCAUCAUCAACAUCACCAUCACUUUUUUCUGGAAAUUCAUUAACUUCUUCUUUAAAUCCAGAUGGAUUUAAUACAAAAUCUCCAUUUAUAGAACAUCCAUGGGAUGUGACACUCGAAGAAAAAACAAAAUAUGAUAAAAUUUUUGAUUCUAUUGAUCAAAUGAAACAUGGAUUUUUAACAGGUGACGAGGCAGCAAAAAUUUUUGUGAAAUCAAAUUUGGAUCAAAACACAUUGGCAAUGAUAUGGAACCUUUCUGACAUAGAUAAAACUGGACGUCUUAAUCACGAGAAAUUUGCUGUUGCUAUGCAUUUGAUCCAAAAAAAGGCUAAAGGAUUUCCAUUACCAAACAUUUUGCCAACAAGUCUUACUCCACCAUCAAUGCGUCAUACUACUGAGGGAUCUUCAACUCUUGGUCAUAUUUCAAAAAAAGAUAUUGGAUCAACUUCUUCAUCGAUCUCACGUUAUUCAACAGAAGACUUCUUUGGUUUAAAUGAUCCUACAGACUCGCAAAAUAAUUUUAUUUCAGAUAGUCGUGUUAUUAAAGAACCACAAAUGAUUGAUUUUUUUGGCGACUCUGAUUUACAUACUAAAAUUGCAAGUGAAAGUAGUGAAAUAAAAAGUUAUGGAACCCAAAUUAAUAUUCUUGGCAAUUCAAGUGAUGAACUAGAAAACAAAAAAGCCAGUUUAAAUUCAACUCUUGCUGAUUUAGUAAUACAAAAACAAGAAAUAAAAGAUCUUUUCUUACAAACACGCUCUUUGUAUGAAGCUGAAUUUAAGGCAGUAGAAGAAAUUCAAAUCCAAUAUCAAUUGGAAAAUGAAAAUUUUGAGAGAGUUAAAGAAGAGCAUGCACAAGCUAAAAGAGCUUUAGCUGCUAUAAGAUUGCAAAAGGAACAAUUAGAAGAAAAUAUUCAAAAAGAUAAAGAUGAAAUAAAUGAAUUGAGAAAGGAAUUGAGAAUAAUCGAAGAAGAAACAGUAUCAAUUAACGCCAAAGUUAAAGACUUUCAAAAAGACAGUGCACAACAAAAAGGUUUACUUAUGAUUAAUAAAAAACAAUUGGAAACCUCCAAAGCUGAAAGAGAAAAGUCAUUGGAGGUCUUAAAAACUUUUGAAAAAAGUAACAAUCUACCUGAUAUAAACAAGGAUGCUUUCGUUUCUACACCAUUAACGACAACGUCAUCAAAUCAUAAUUCCUUUAAUGUUUCUCAAUCAAUGUUUAAUGAACCAGGAAAAAGUUCAGCUGAUUUUUUUAAUGGGCAAGGCGAAAAUAAACUCCAACCAACUCACAUUAAAAAUAGCACAACUUCGACCAUCGAUCCAUUUGAUUUUGACAAUUUUAAAAAUGCAACAUCAGACAAAUCAGGUCUUGAUUCUGCGUUCGCAACGCUUGAAGUUACAAAUAAGAAUAAUGGUGAUGAUUCAUUCUUAACUGACACCUUUAAUUCCGAGAAAUUUCCUUCUUUAGAGGAACUUGAAGGUUUAACACCUGGUAAUAAUUUUAAUUUUGAAAAAGAAAACAAGACAAAUCAUUUUGACACAACCAAGCCAGAUGAAAAGAUUACUUCUCCAUAUAUGAAUGAAGAUAAAGUCGAAAAUACACUUAAAAACAAGCCAAUUGAUUUAUUAAAAGGAUUGAUGAAACCUUCGACUAAUACCAAAGAUGCUCCUUCAAAGAAUAUUAAUAAACCAAUAAAUACGAAUAAUGCAAUUUUUGAUUCUGCAUUCGGAAGUACUUUUGAAAAUGCAUUUUUUCAAGGAAAUUUCAAAUCUCCUAUACCUACUGCCACCACCAUUAAUAAUGAUAAUGACGAUGAUAUAGAUUAUGUAAAAACUUUAAAAGAGAUGGGUUUUCCAAGAGAAAAUGCUAUAAAAGCACUUGAAGAUAAUGAUUAUGACUUGAACAAAGCAAUAUUUGCUUUAUCUAACGUUUAA